GAGGAGAGGGCAGUGAUUUGUGCAGUGUUUCGAUACUGCUUUUAAAUUGCUCUGAGUAGGACUUUUCUCGGAUUAUUCACACUGGCUUCCACGCUCAAGGGAUAUUCAUAAGGAACCAGAAGGCUGAGGAAUCUCUUGGGAUUGUUACACUGCYGUGGGCGACAGACUGAAUUUCACUGAUGGGACUCAAAUCAGAGAUACCCUUGAGGCAGGCAGAAGUCCUGAAGGCUGACAUGACAGAUUCAAAGCUGGGUCCAGCAGAAGUCUGGACAUCCAGACAGGCUCUACAGGACUUAUAUCAGAAAAUGCUCGUGACUGAUUUGGAAUAUGCUUUAGAUAAAAAGGUGGAGCAGGACCUUUGGAAUCAUGCUUUUAAAAAUCAGAUCACUACGCUACAGGGUCAAGCAAAAAAUAGAGCAAAUCCGAAUCGGAGCGAAGUUCAGGCGAACCUUUCUCUGUUCCUAGAGGCAGCUAGUGGCUUCUACACCCAGUUAUUACAGGAAUUGUGCACAGUUUUUAAUGUAGACUUGCCCUGUCGUGUGAAGUCUUCCCAGCUGGGAAUCAUUAGCAAUAAACAGAUGCACACCAGCGCUAUUGUGAAGCCGCAGUCCAGCUCCUGCUCUUACAUCUGCCAGCACUGCCUUGUCCACCUUGGAGAUAUCGCUCGCUAUAGGAAUCAGACCAGCCAGGCAGAGUCUUACUACAGACAUGCAGCUCAGCUUGUCCCUUCCAAUGGUCAGCCUUAUAAUCAGUUGGCUAUUCUAGCUUCCUCAAAAGGAGACCACUUGACCACGAUUUUCUACUACUGCAGAAGCAUUGCUGUGAAGUUUCCUUUCCCAGCUGCCUCCACUAACUUACAAAAAGCACUUUCUAAAGCACUGGAGAGUCGUGAUGAAGUGAAGACUCGAUGGAGUGUGUCCGACUUCAUCAAGGCGUUUAUUAAAUUCCAUGGUCAUGUGUACCUGAGUAAGAGCUUGGAGAAGCUGUCCCCUCUUCGAGAAAAGCUGGAAGAGCAGUUCAAGAGGUUGUUAUUCCAAAAGGCCUUCAAUUCUCAGCAGUUAGUCCAUAUUACUGUUAUCAACCUGUUCCAACUCCAUCACCUGCGAGACUUUAGCAAUGAGACAGAGCAACACAGCUACAGCCAGGAUGAGCAGCUCUGCUGGACACAGUUACUGUCUCUCUUCAUGUCGUUUCUUGGAGUUCUCUGCAAGUGUCCUUUACAGAAUGACUACCAGGAGGACUCUGGGGCUGCUUAUCCUCUUCCAGCUGUGAAGGUGUCAAUGGACUGGCUGAAACUCAGACCCAGUGUUUUCCAGGAGGCAGUAGUUGAUGAAAGACGGUACAUAUGGCCCUGGCUGAUUUCUCUUCUGAACAGUUUCCAGCCCCAUGAAGAAGAUCUAUCCAGUAGUAAUGCAACCCCUCUUCCAGAAGAAUUUGAGUUGCAAGGAUUCCUGGCCCUGAGACCCUCGUUCAGGAACUUGGAUUUUUCAAAAGGCCACCAGGCUAUUACAGGGGAUAAGGAAGGGCAGCAACGUAGGAUACGGCAACAGCGUCUGAUCUUCACAGGCAAAUGGAUUGCUGAUAACCAACCAAGGUUAAUUCAGUGUGAAAAUGAGGUGGGAAAGCUGUUGUUUUUGACAGAAAUCCCGGAGUUAAUACUAGAGGAUCCUAGUGAAGCCAAAGAGAGUCUUGCCUUGCAGGAGACAUCAAUUGCAGAGCCACUAUCCACAGAUGGAAGCCCUGGACUCAAAUCAGUUCUGUCCACUGGCAGAAGUCUAAACAACAAYUGUGAUGCAGGAGAAAAACCAAUGGUCACAUUCAAAGAGAACAUUAAGCCACGGGAAGUAAACAGAGAGCAAGGGCGAAUCUAUCCUCCUAAAGAUGUCAGUAGGGAGAGAAGGGACUAUAGCAAAGGAAUAGUAGCCACCAAAAUUGAUGGAAAGAAGGAUAACAAUAAAAGAAAGAAUGAGACCAAGAAAUGCCCCUUGGAUAAAAUGCAGGAAGCGGGAAAGCAGAACGUGGCAGUUCAGGUAAAGUCCCAGACUGAGAUGAGGAAAACUCCAGUGUCUGAAGCCAGGAAAACGCCUGUAACUCAGACUCCAAGUCAGGCCAGCAGUUCCCAGUUCAUCCCCAUUCAUCACCCAGGAGCUUUCCCUCCCCUGCCCAGCCGACCAGGAUUCCCACCUCCAACCUACGUUGUCCCCCCACCCGUGGCUUUCUCCAUGAGCACGGGAUACACCUUCCCAGGCGGCGUUUCUGUCCCAGGAACCUUCCUGCAGCCCACCGCUCACUCGCCUGCGGGCAACCAGGUGCAAGCCGGGAAGCAGUCCCACAUUCCCUACAGCCAGCAGCGGCCCUCCGGACCAGGGCCCAUGACCCAGGGACCUCAGCAAACACCUCCUCCCACCCAACAACCCCUCUCAUCGUUACCAGCUCAGGCGACAGCACAGUCUGCAGGCCAGCUACAGGUGCAAGCGCUGGCCCAACAGCAGCAACAGUCCCCCACAAAGGCUGUGCAGGGCCUUGGGAAGAGCCCCCCGCACCACUCGGGGUUCCAGCAGUACCCCCAGACAGACUCGUCAAAGCAGCUCUGGAACCCUCCUCAAGUCCAAGGCUCGCUGGGGAAGAUCAUGCCUGUAAAGCAGUCCUAUUACCUUCAGGCCCAGGACCCUCUAAAAUUGUUUGAACAGUCAUUACAGCCUCCUGUGAUGCAACAGCAGCCUCUGGAGAAAAAAAUGAAGCCUUUUCCAAUGGAGCCAUAUAACCAGAACCCCUCAGAAGUCAAGGUGCCGGAAUAUUACUGGGACUCUUCUUAUGGCAUGGCUGAUAACAGGGUGAUGGCGCAGCAGUCGAGCAUGGACCGCAGGGGGAAACGGCAAGGAGUCUUCCGCCCAGAACAGGAUGCUGUCUCCAGGAUGACCUUUGAGGACCCCAAGAGCUCCCCUCUGCUUCCUCCGGACCUGUUAAAGAGUCUGGCUGCCUUGGAGGAGGAGGAAGAGCUGAUUUUCUCUAAUCCUCCUGAUCUUUACCCAGCUCUGCUGGGGCCUCUCGCCUCUCUUCCUGGACGAAGCCUCUUUAAGUCCUUGCUGGAAAAACCAUCAGAACUGAUGUCCCAGUCAUCUUCUUUCCUGUCCCUCAGUGGCUUUUCCCUUAACCAGGAAAGAUACCCAAAUAGCAGCAUGUUCAAUGAAGUUUAUGGGAAAAACAUGAAUACCAGCACAAAAACAGAAGUUCCUUCAGUUGCCCAUCAGGAGACUUCACUCUAUUCUCUCUUCGAAGGGACUCCAUGGUCUCCAUCCCUUCCAGCCAGCUCAGAUCAUUCAACACCAGCCAGCCAGUCUCCUCACUCCUCCAACCCCAGCAGCUUGCCAAGCUCCCCUCCAACCCAUAACCACAAUUCUGUUCCCUUCUCCAACUUCGGGCCCAUUGGGACUUCAGACAACCGAGACAGGAGAAUYGCAGACCGCUGGAAAACAGAUAAACCAGCAAUGGGAGGAUUUGGUCUGGACUAUCUUCCAGCAACAUCCUCGUCUUCAGAGAGCAGCUGGCACCAGUCCAGCACUCCCAGUGGCACCUGGCCAGCCCAGGGUCCCCCUCUGGAGGACUCCUCAGCUGUGCUCAUGGAGAGCCUGAAGUCCAUCUGGUCCAGCUCCAUGAUGCAUCCUGGCCCUUCAGCCCUGGAGCAGCUGUUAAUGCAGCAGAAGCAGAAGCAGCAACGUGGACAAGGCGCCAUGAACCCGCCGCAUUGAGAACGAGGUGGCAACCCUUGCAAACCAAGGCUCCAUAAACCAUGGCAUGUUGGGUUUGCAGGACUGGCCCACACAGUCCUGUGCAGGUGGCAGCCCUCUCUUCUGUUCCUUACUGUCAGGAGGGCGUAAGUGCUCCACCGACCCACUGAGUGUGCACAAAACGUCUGCAGCGCGAGAAAGCAACACCAGGAACUCUCCCACCCCUGGGCCCUCUGGAGGGAGAGAGGAACUGCUGUUUGUCCCACUCAGUAACCUGGUAUCACUGCCUCUCACCUGCUCCAUCGUGCAUGUCCCCAGCCACAUGGGAAGUAAAAGCUGAGUAUGAAGGGCAGAUGGGAGAAGCCAAUGAGAACUUCUCAAUCCUUUUCCUCUCUUUGGGGAUAAAAUAGGAAUCCAUUAAUGAUUGCUUUGCUGACUGAGAAUGUAGUUGAAAUUACUCCUAAACAUCUCUAUUUACUAUCUCAGUAGUGAGAUCACACUGAAAUCUUCCAUGCACAGAUGUGCUUUGUAGUCAGUGUGUAGCAAUGAAAGCCCCAGUUGCUGCUCUGGUCAGAGGUAGGUGGUGGCAAAGUAGGGCUCUAUCUCCUGCACUAGUGAGGGAGCUUCAUGAAGGAGAAUCUGGCACUUGACACCACUUCACCUUUCCCUCACAGGCUCUGGCCAGCCCCUGUGUGGGUUAGAGGCUCCAGCGUGAAAUGCCCCCCUCUCCAUAGGCGUUUGAGCUCUAAUGGGUGACACGGGGCAUUGCAGCACUCUGCUGGACAAGCAAGUUAACUGCUAUGGGGUUUUAAAUUAAUGUUUGAUUCCUGUACAUUUUACUGUAGCAUAGUGGCUAGCCCUGCGAGGGCAGGCUAGUCUGUGCAUUCACAGCCUGACUCAUUUUAAUAGGUAGGUAGAAAGCUUUCAAUGGUUUUCUUUCUUUUUUUUUUCUUUCUCUCCCCAUCCUCCCAUCUUUGCUGGGCGCUAGUAGUUUUAUUACCAAUGUGCAACACCUCCCAGAAAGUAAUCAGGGGUCCAGCAGGACUGGG